AUGCGAUCGUCGGAGCCAGUGUUCCGACCCCCUCCACCUUUGGACGGCGCUGGAAACGUUGAAAAAUCCCAUGGUAGCGCUGACGACGAGGAGAUAAUUGAAGUAACGGUAGGAUACGAUAAGGGGAAUGUUGAGGAUCAUCUGAGAGAGUGCGACACGACGGAUAUGCAAGAUCGCUGUGAAGAAUUUUUCCAAAUAAUGGAGAAGACACAAAAUUCGCAAAAUAAUGAAGAUGACGCGAAGAAAGCACGGAAAAUGCUCACCGUCUACAUGUACCUUCAGCGGCGCCAGUCAUAG